AUGGUUGCGUUGGACUGUGAGAUGUGCAUCACGGAAGCGGGAUUUGAACUCACGCGGAUUACUUUGACCGGCUUUCCCAGCGGCGCCGUACUGAUGGACGAGCUCGUACUUCCUCAUAAUCCAAUUUUGGAUUACAACACGCGGUACAGCGGAAUCACGUCAAAGAUGUUGGAGGGCUGUACCAAUCGACUGGAGGAUGUGCGGGAGCGCUUCCUGACACUGGUGUCAUCGGAAUGUCUGUUGGUGGGUCACGCGCUUGAGAACGACCUGGCCGCCUUGCGGACGUGUCACGGCCGUAUACUGGACACUGCCGUACUGUUCCCGCACCCUAAGGGACCACCCUUCAAGAGCGCGCUCAAG